CAUAACGGAAGAGACGGACUGGCUCAGCAGCCAUUGAUGCGCUUUAUUUCUAAGGCAACAAACCGACAUUAAUUCUUCCAUCUCUGCGCUUUUCUGUGGAAUCAAAUCAUGGUUUCUCACUCUCUCGCCUUACCGAUGAUCUGCUUCACCACGUUAUGGGCGCUGGUGGGGGUCGUAGCCCCGUUUUUAGUGCCCAAAGGACCCAACCGGGGCGUGAUUGUCACCAGUCUCAUCCUCACAGCGAUCUGCUGCUACCUGUUCUGGUUGAUAGCCAUCCUGGCCCAGACCAACCCUCUGUUCGGCCCACAGCUGAAGAAUGAAACUAUUUGGUAUCUGCGCUACUUGUGGGAGUAAAGAAGGCAAGGUUCUCUUAACAGCACUUGAAGGACUGUGUGAUGUGAUGCCUCUCAUCAUUCCUAUCCCCUGGUUUUGCUGGACUUUCUUCCAGCGUAACUUCAAACCAUUAAAACGCCCACACACAGCUCCAAAAUUAUUGGAACAUUUCCUGUGUUGCAGCAUUUUGCACCUCAACACUCAGCGUUCGUUUUCUUUGCUCCUUGAGGAAUAUUAAGAAUAAUGUACAGUAUCCCGAAUUUAAUAAUUAGAGUGUAUUAAGGCUGUGGGUUUCAAAACAAGGAGGACACACUCAAAUUCAUCUCCAUUGCAGUUCACACAGUUUAAUGUUAGAACCUCUAAGGAUUCAUGAGCAAACUGAAAAUGUUUUUACAUCUGACCGAAACCGUUGAAACCAUGACAUCAUUUGUUAGUAGAUUUUAAUCUUGGAAAUCCUAAAAUACUCUGUUUGAUUACACUUUGGGUUUUGUGUUGCUGCCACCAGGGAACAUACAUUUCUUAGUGUUUGUAUUUAUUUUGGCCUGUGGACACUGAUGUAAGCUCACUGCAAUUACCACGGUGUCCAGACAGCCUAGUUAUAUAAGUGUUAUUAUCUGUGAUGUAAUGGUGUGUGUGAGAGGGAGUGUGUGUGUGUGUGUGUGUGUGUGUGUGUGUGUGUGUGUGUGUGUGUGUGUGUGUGUGUGAACAGUGGACCGCGGCCAUGAGAAUCUCCCAAAACUGUAAAAGUGAAGAGCAAUUCCCUCCACUUCAGGCCACUUCAGCAUGAAACUCCCUCCUACAUUCCCCUCAUGCUCAACGCCACGGAGGUCCUCGUUGCCAUGGUGAUCUCAUCGCCCAAUUCAGUCCCACUCCUCUCAACCCCUUUUGAUCAAAUCCUGCCCAUUCUCCCCUGCUUGUGUACAGAAGUACUGUAGAUGUACUGUAAAGAUGUGUUUGGAGUGAGGCUGCUGAUAGAUUUGGUGUUAGUAUCCACUAUUUUAAAUUGCACCCCCCACCCCCAUCCCAUUAAACAGCACAUACACUAAACCCACCAUAUAAACUUCACCUAAUGAAUUCUUUUGGGGUUUGGAUGUGAUCACUCAGGGCUUUUCAGUAGCAGAGAAGCAGAGAAAAUAGCUGCUUUCAAAUGCAUUCAUACAGCAGAAAACAAUGCAAUGAGUAAUCUGUUAGAAAUCCCCGUCGUACCAGAGAUGGACGCCUCACACUGCCUGAUCUUUGAGAUUUAAUGAAAGGACAGCAGUUCCCCACUAUGGGGAUUACUCUGCAGUUAAACCCUGGUUUGUAGCUUGUUGUUAAUCAGCCUGUAAAAGUAAUUGUCUUCUACACUUAGAUAUUCCUGGGCUUUUGAAAAACAUGUACAGCAUUUGCUAACUGUACUGCUCAGUACAUACUGUAUGUUCAGCUCUACACAUGCAUGUGAUUUUGGAGGAGGUCGGUGUCUGUUUACGCUACCAUACAACUGAUAAAGGGGUCAAGGUUGUCUGCGUUGCUGUGUCAGUGCAGCGUAACACUAGCUCUUCUUGCCUGGCACAGAUACACAAGCAGCAGCUAACUCAAAUUAGCCACUGAACAGCAAAAUGGGUUUGUUCUUCAUGUCAGCCUGACCAUGCAGUUACCUAAUGAUGGCUUUCAUUGUCAUGGUAGCUUAGUAGAGGACAUCACCAGGAUUCUAGUACUACAUAUUAGCAUAUACUGUGUUCCUUCCCUUUCUCCACUGGUCACGCUUACCUAACUAGCCUCAUAAAGGCUCUGUUUUAUCAUUUAUACACUUUUUUUUUUUACAUUUGUUUUGAAUAAGAUGCUGGUGUGACCCACCUGCCUCCCCAUCUGCCAGCCACUACCACAACUACACUUCCCUCCUCCACUUCCCUUAAAAGCUCUUCCUCCCUCCCCCUCCCUCCUCUCUAAAACCACUUUGCUUCAGCCAAAAAGAAUCAAAAUCAAUAUACAGCUACUUUUUAGAAAGACCAAAUUGUGUUGUAUCUUUUCCUCCUGUGGUAGCUGUGGUGGUGGCAUGCAUCUAAAGGAGUGUAUACAACUGUGUGCUUUAAUGGACCCACAUCAAAUGGACUGCGCUCACAUGUGAUUGUAGUCAAGGAAAGCUGACUGUUGCAUGCUGGUAUUUAGUUUCACUUCACCCAAAUCCAAGUGAACUAGAGAUGGUAAACAAACGUCACAUGGGCUCACAGGUAGCUUUGGAGUUAGAGUUUUGGUAACAUGUCACCCUGCCGGGUUAGAGAUGUUGGCGUUGAAGGAGCGUUCAAACACAUCUGAAAGCAGGUCCUGUAACUUCAGCUCCAUGUUGUGUUAAAGUCUGUGGUGUUCCUGCCGGUGGAGAGCACAUGAAGAAAAAGCUGAAUAUGAGCAUCUGCGGUUUGCUUUCAUUUCAUUUUGUUCUGUCAGGCACUGCAGCGUUUAACUACUGGCUAUCACGUGUACCCACAAACCCUUGUGUUUUAGGUUUCUUUCCUGUAGCUGGUUUGGAUUACAUUCUCAGUCCCACUCAAAACAUGCUACAGUUACCUCACAGACAGACAUAGUCGCAUUUCCAGUGGCAGACGGCAAAUGGCGUUAUGCUCGCUUGAGACUCCAAACUUCAUAUAAACCAUCCGCUCAUGUGCAGCUGCGCCAUAAUAAUAAUAUCAAAUUCAUGUUUGUCUUUUCCUUUUCUGGUGAACCUGUUCAGUUAUUUUGACAACUGGCUGCUGUUUAUCUGUUAAAUAUUCAUGGUAACAAAGGUGGAGAUAUAGAUAGAUUUGUGUGUGUGUGUGUGUGUUUUAAGAGUCACCAUGGUAACAAAAAUCUACUAAAUAACAGAUCUAAUUGUUGAUGGAGAUGAGCUCCUGUAUGUGUGAAUACUUCUAUGUGAGUGGCAUCGUAUGUGAAACACCCAAUAAAAAUUAUAUGUCUCACA